AUGACUGUGCCGCUCAACGUCAACGGGGUGGAGACGGUGCUGCAGAUUUUCCGAGGUUCCAACGCCAAGGAAUUAGCGAGCGAUUUCUGCCGUCGGGCAGAAUUUAGGCUUGAAGGGUCGUUCUUGGAAAGCUGUUGUUCUCAGAUGGUGGAUAUCGUGCACCGCGCUGUGGCGACUUACGAGAGACAAGACGACCAAAACGGAGAACCACCAGAGCAAACACCGUUUACGUUUAAAGUUCCCGUAACUCUCGCGGGACUUCAACUUCAUGCCGAGUUCAAGACCACCGAGACGCCUCGCACAUCGGCUAGGCGAUUCUGCACCCCUAACCUACCGGUGAUCGAGUCCGCUCUAGGAAUCGACGCCUUCGAGGAAGCGGGCGAGGGGAGAGACGAAGAAGGGUCUACGGGGGUCGGAUUCUUCAUGUCGGAGGGACGGAAGAGCCUGAGAGAAGCGUGCACGGUGGUCGUGGAGGACGCGAUCAACGCCGUGCUGCUGGGAAUGCGCGAGAGGCUCUUGCGCACGGGCUGGGCUGGGGCGUGGAUGGAAGAGAGCUUUGAAAGGGGGACACACCAAAUCUAGUAGGGCUGCUCAAAAGGUUGUGACGACGAGACCAUUCACCACAGCAAGUCUUAGGCCUUCGGUUCUUCUCUCACUUUCCAACAUAUUUUCGUUUUCAACACGCAAGUCCCUCACGGCACUUUUCUGCUGGGAAAAAACCCAAUGACAAACGCUCUGACGGUGACAUACGGGCGUGUUGGACAGACGACUUCUCGACAAGAAGUGAGCCGGCGGGUUGGGGAGAAAACCGUGGAGGUUGAGGUUGGGCGUCCCGGGUACUCGGUUUGGGACAAGUUUGUCUCGGUGGUUGCUGUGAUGCAUACUGCGGCAAGCGUGUGACGCUUGAGAGGAGUGUGGAGGCAGUGGAACGCAAGAGGAGACGAGUCACCGGAAGGAGGGGGAGGGGCGUACUCUUAUGUUUUGCAUGCCUGAGCAGUUGGACCAUUGACCACGCGUCAUUGAGAGGACGGAGCAUUGUUCCCACAGGACCGAUCACCGAUGUGCAAUCGUCCUUCCUACUUUGCUAAGACCGGGGGGGCGGGGGACGUGGUCAUCCAGGGUACACCUACUUGCGGGGAGCAGGCGAAAGGCCAGUGUCGCACUUUAUCCUCUUUGCUCGCCGAAAGAUUAGUCGUCUGUACGACGAUAAUCCGUUCAGGUUGAUGUGCAUGUCCCUGCGGAAUAGGGUCUAUUUUCUCGAACGGGUGUUCCUUCUUUGGACAUUUUGUAGAGUAGAACAGACAACUAAACCGACGAGAAAACAACACACACAGAGAGAGAGACAAGCCGCCGCGUUUCGUGUUUGAUCCCAAGCGCGGCGCCGGGAUGUGACGGACGUCCACGAGACUGCGGGAGGAUGCGUAUCCUGUGUCCGCUCACUGGUC